AUGCUGAAGAAAAACGUGGCGAACGAGGUUCCAGAGGCGAUCACGGCGCUCGCCGUGUGUUAUCGCGACGGGGAUUACGGCCUCGUGAAGUCCGCAAAGAAGGCCGCGAAACUCUACAAGCGCGCCGUGGAGCUCGGGGACGUGAAGGCGAUGACUUCCCUUGGUGUAUAUUACAAGAACGGAAAUGGCGUAAAGAUGGACGAAGCGAAGGCGAAGCAAUUGUAUCGAAUGGCCGCGGAUCGCGGCGACUACAUCGCGCAGAUGAAUCUCGGAGGCCUCCUCCUGGCCGAGAAGAACGACGACGAAGCCUACCGCUGGUUCCUCCUGGCGGCACAGCAGGGCUUCACCGCAGCCGAGCUUCAGGUCGGCAUCGCGCACGGUGCUGGCUGGGGAGUGGCCAAGGACUACGUGGAAGCGAAACGGUGGUUCUUGCGAGCAGCAGCCAAGGGUUGCGAGCGCGCAAAGGGCUACCUCGAGCAGAUGGACUGUAAGAAGGCGAUUAGGCAGAGUCGUCCCGCAGCGGAUCAAGGCGACGUGCAGGCGCAGUACACGCUCGGCAACUUUCUAAGCGAUCACGGAAAAGAGCUCGAGGACCGCGGCGAACACGAAGAAUCUAUCGCGGCCUACGAGGAGUCCGUGCGCUAUUUGACGCUUGCUGCUGCCCAAAACUACGGGGAGGCUCAGCACAACCUGGCUCUCGCCUACGCGGAAGGUCGCGGCGUCGAGCAGGAUCUCGCAGCGACCGUGCCGAAACUUUACGAGCGCGCCGCUGAUCUGGGCAACGUGAGAGCGAUGACGGAGCUCGGGACGUUCUACGUCAACGGUGACGGCGUCAAGCUGGACAAGCGGAAGGGGAUGGCCCUCACACGUACUGCCGCGGACCGCGGUUUUGCAAUGGCACAACACAAUCUCGCAGUCCAGUUGGCAAAGGAUUCGGGGGUGUUUGGCGCGGAGAGUCACAACAAAGUGGUUUCGAUGGAAAUCAUUCGAUUGUACAGACUCGCGGCCGAGCAGGGAUACACCGGGUCCGAGAACAACCUCGGCAACUGGUACAUGCGCGGCGGAUUGGGUGUCGAUCAGGACAUCGACGAAGCCGUGUUCUGGUACAGACGGGCGGCUAGAAAAGGACACAAGAACGCGUCGUCCGUGCUUACGCAGCUUGGUAUUGAUCACAUCAAGGGCCAGGCUCCCAGCAACCCAAGAAACGUGAUGCGAGAGUCGACUCUCACAUCAAGGGCCAGGCUCCCAGCAACCCGUCCACGCUGA